GUAGUCCACGGCAUUUUAUUUUCCACGGAGAGCCGGAAAACGCACAAUUGUUAUUGACGAAAUUCAUAGUCGCACUUUAUUGCAGCGUCAUUACCGGAAUAAUAAAUUGUUGUUGUAACUACCUACCUGGUGCGCUUCCUCCACCUUGAUGUCCUAGUAUAUGGAUUUUGGGCGAAAACUUGCAAGUUAAUGUUGGAGCUGAGUUCAUAUGUGACAUUCAAAGCCUAUAUUUGAAUGAAGAAGUAAGACAAAACAACAUCAUUCCGAAGUCGGUGGACGAACCGUGUACGCUACCUUAAAGCCAGUAAGUCAUGUCUGGUGAGAACAGCCCAAGGCCUGGCAGCUAUAGACACAGGUCAAGCCAGAGCAGCAGCCAGAGGUUGUCGUAUGAAGAGCGCUGUGUGGACCCGGUGGAAGACAGGCUGCUGACUCAAGAGCUAAAGGCAGUCCACAAAACUCUCAUGAAGGAUGAAAAUGUGAAGAAGUCUGAGACCACUGGUUUCACGAAUGCCACGACUGACCAUUCCCCUGUGGCUCAAACCUGCAAUCCCUGCACUUCCCUUAGAAGCUUCAGGAGGUGCAUGUGCAAUGUGCUGACCUGUGGCCUGUACAGGGUCUGCCAGCAUUCCAGUCUUGCUCCAUGCCUGGUGUCAAACGAGAGCUCUCCAGAUAAACCAGAGAAGGUGAGUCUCCAAAGUAUGAGCCCAGCAGAUGACGAAGAGGAGGAUCAGACAUACUGGCUCGGGGAUGUCCAUAUUGCUGGAGUCAAAGUUGAAACUGCAAGGGAGUAUUUAGAUGCAGAAACCAAAUCUCUAUUAUAUGUGCGUCCGGCUGGUGGUCAGACGCAGCACAGCACUCUACCCUUGCAUGAGUCAAUGCGAUUUGAUGACUGGGAGGAUGACGAGGAGGACGUAGACUCUCUAAUUACAAAGAAGCUCCUGGAGCUCUACUCUGAAUAUCAGAUUGAAGAGUUGGCCAGGUGCACCUCAGACUCUGUGUUUCUGAGGAAGAGCAAGGCCAUUAAUCAGCUCAUCAAUUCGCUGGCAGAGGAGCACAGAAUGGAUGAGCAGGAAGCUGAGUGUCGGCUCGUGCGAGGCAUCAUCCGCAUCAGCACCAGGAAGAGCAUGAAGAGGAGGCCGGUGCCUUCCAGGACGGAGAGGACGCUGUCGGACAGUGGGAAUGAGACAAUGAGGGAGAGCGACUCCUUCUCAUGCAGCAAUAACAAUGACUACAAAUCAAAUCCAAACAUCCAAAUAUCAGAACUGACCUCCUCUGAUAAGUGUGCAAGAGAGAUGUGGAGAAACAACGGAGGUUCUAGCUCGCCAACAUCUUACUCAGCGUCCCACACAGAGACUAACUCUUCAGGUGUCAAACCAUGAGGACCUGCUUCACACCAUUAGUCCAUGCUUGAAAGAUUUGACAUGCUGCAUCCACAAGGUCACAUAUGAGACAUUGAACGGGGACGGACUUGCACAGGAAUCUCCAGCUGUACCAUGGUAUCUCUGUCAAGACCAUGGCUUUGCUGUAACACAAAAAACAUUCCUAUUGUCUGAAGGACUUACGUGAACUCAGGUCUCAGGUUCAAAAUAUGUGUAUAUUUGAUUUGGAGCUUGUCUUACAGGCCAGUAUCACGAGCAGCUCAUUUAUAAUGAACAUGACAAUUAACCUCCCCUCCAUGAAGGAAUCUUUUAUGAAAGCUGAAUCUCAAAUUAUUGAGCUGUUUAUUAUGCAAAGGAUAAAGAAAAUCCAUCCCAUCCAUUCUCUACCGCUUUAUCCUCCACAGGAGGGAAAGAAAAUCCAUAAUCAGUUAAAUUUCACAUUUGUGCAUGUAUAUUUACUUAUAUGUUCUGUUUACAGUUGUAUUAAAAAUGAAAUUUAUUUAUUUUGAUUAUUUGUGUGACCGUAGGAGCUUUGUGGUUCAGGUGGUUUCAUGAAGUUCAAACACACUGAACGCAGCGUGCUUGUUUUCAAACGACACUUUUCACAAAGACACUUUUUAAAAAGCAAAUAAAAUAUUAAUUUAAUCA